AUGCCCGCAGAAGGAGUCUACUUCACCCCUUCUGGCAACAAGACCUUUAUCCCCCUCGAAAACAACCCCGACGUCUUCACCUCCCUCAUCCACGACCUCGGCAUCUCCCCCUCGCUAGGCUUCUUCGACGUCUACAGCCUCGACGACGCCUCCCUCCUCUCCCUCGUGCCCCGCCCCGCGCUCGCCCUCAUCUUCAUCUCCCCGGCGCCAAUGUACUACCAGGUCCGCGCCGCCGACGACACCAGGCUCGCAAAGGAGGACGGCGUCACGUACGCGGGCGCCGGGCCGGACGAGCCAGUCAUUUGGUUCCGGCAGACCAUUGGCAACGCGUGCGGGUUGUACGCGCUCAUUCACGCCGUGGGCAACGGGCCGGCGAGGGAGUUUGUGCGGGAGGGUUCGCUUCUUGAUGCGCUGCUGAACGAGGCGGAGCCGUUGACGUGGGAGAAGAGGGCGGAUGUGUUGUACCAGAGCGAGGCGCUCGAGGAGGCGCAUAUGAAGGCUGCGAGGGAGGGGGAUACGGUGGCGCCGCCUGCGGAGGAGAAGCCUGGGUAUCAUUUCAUUGCGUUUGUCAAGGGUAAGGACGGGCAUUUGUGGGAGUUGGAGGGGGGGUCGGAUGGGCCUGUUGAUCGGGGGUUAUUGGGUGACGGGGAGGAUAUGUUGAGCGAGGAGGCGCUGGAGAGGGGGGUCAAGAGGUUUAUUGGGUUUGCGGACGGGAAUUUGGAGUUUAGUAUUGUCGCUUUGGCCAAGAGGGAGGAGUGA